AUGGGUGAUAAAUCGAACGGUCACACCAUGGCCGAAAACAGUGGCCACAGCAGCGCUACAGCGGAAACCGGAACAAACGGUGGCACGUUGACGGAAACGGGCAGAAAUCCCACGGAAUCUCCUAGUCCCGGUCAGCGCCUGGGACAGAAUGAAAGCGUUCAACAGCAGUUUACGCGCUUUGCGGAUUACUUCGUGAUCUGCGGGCUGGAUCUGGAUUCAGGUCUCGAACCGGAUCUGUUUGCAGGUGAUAGCCUCCACUGUUCCCCGCUCGACAGUGCAUACAAAAGCAAACCGUUGGCACACUACCCGGAGCACGUCGCGUGGAAUCCGUUUGACGCACACGGUAUCUGCAUGCUGUCCUUGCCGCAAGGUCUGCGCUUUCGCACCCAAAAGCACAACAUCGAGCCACGGUUCCAUGCGUUCGCAACCACGCGCGAAGAUGGCAAGCGUUGCUAUGGGUUCAGUCUGGUGUUCUACGAGGAGGUGCGCAACCGUCAAAUCUGCAGUGCCAUGCACACGCUCCAGUCGAUGUUUAUUACCGAAAUCUCCAGCUCGCAGCAACCGCCACCGGCGACGCUGCGGCGCGUUAAGGAAAGCCCCGUCAGUCGGUCCCUACCGAGGCAUUUCAAAAUUGCCGCUCAGGCUCCUGCGUCCGCGCUCAGUUACUACGAUGUCAUGAAGGACAAGCUGUACGUGGCCAAAAGCCUUUCGCUGGUGUGCCAGGUGCCGUAUGCACACGUGGCUGAGCUGUUUCUACAGAAUCUAUACCGAUGUCUUCCUCGACACCCCGGAUCGCGGCUUAGCCUGGAGAGCUACGUGUAUAAUAUCCUGUAUGAGGUUUCCACACCGUCACCGGGAAAAUCGAUCCGGAUAUACAUACCCCCGGAAGAGCCCCACCUACCUCCAGUAGCAACCAUGCUGCAGCGCCCCGCCCUGAAAGACGAACUACCAUUCAUGGACUUUCCACUCCGGCUGUUGUUCACCUAUCUCGGCGUCGAGUGCGUCAUUCAGCUGUUUACAUGCGUGCUCCUUGAAAGCCAAGUGCUGCUCCGCUCGUCCGAUUAUCAGAAGCUAACGAUCGUUGCGGAGUGCAUCACCUCGCUGCUGUUCCCGUUUCAGUGGCCGCACGUGUACGCUCCGAUCCUGCCCGCCUCGCUGCACCACUUCCUCGAUGCGCCGGUUCCGUUUGUGAUGGGGCUGCACGCCGACUGCGAUAGCAGCGUGCGCAUUGGUAGUGAGGCGAACCUGUGUUACGUCGAUAUUGACAAGAAAUCGGUGCAGCUGCCGGAAGAGCUGCCCUCUUUCCCGUACCGACAUGACUUCAUCUCGGAGAUCACGGCCGUACUGGAUAAAUACGCGGUUCCGCGCGAUCGGUCGUUCGAUCCACCCAGCAUACUCAGCCCAAAGAAUCUCCUCAAGGACCAUGACAUGAUGACGGCCAGCUGCACGCUGCCGUCCGGGAUGCACGUGCGUAGAAAGCACUCGUUGCAUGAUCUGCUCGAUUGGGACCGGCCAAACUCACCCGACUUACCACUGCCACCGACGGCCGUUCCUGCGCGCCCUGACGUCCGGCAGAGGAUAGUGGACAUCGUGCGACGUAGCGGGGGUGAUGAGGUGGACAGCGGUGGGCCAAACGAAGUCAUGCCUAGUGCAAAGCAGAAGCAACCGCUCUCCACCCUCGAGCAGUACUAUGAAGAUCUGAGACUAAAUAAUGCGCUUCGCGAAAUUUUCCUCAAUCGGUUCGUACAGAUGUUCGCCGCUUAUGAACACUUUGUAAUUCUUCCAAAUCAGAGUAAAGAUGAAUGGCUUACGAACAGGGAGUCGUUGCACAACUUCGACAAGGCGUCAUUUUUGUCGGACCAACCGCAGCACCAUCGCCCGUUCCUGUCGCGCUUUCUCGAAAGCCAGAUGUUUGCCACUCUUAUCGAUAACAAAAUCAUGCUCUCGUGGGGCGAUAGCGUCAACGGGUGUCAACUUGUGGAUAGUUUGAAUGGCGACAUGGAGUAUAGCUUGAAGUUGUUCGAUUCUAGGAUAAAAAUUCUUCGAAAGCGAUACGGAGGAGAAAGCAUGAUUCGGACCGCAAAUUACGAACCGUGCAUACUGACCAGAGAAACGCAGAAGCUACUUGAAAAACGAUUGCAGGCAGUCGACAUGGAAGUGGCGCCACCGAGUGAAAUAUUGGAUAAACGUGCUCCGUAUUACCGAAGCUUCCCGCUACUGGAAAAGUCCGUCCUCAACCAAGAAUGCGUCUCGAGAGGUAGCAGUUUGCGUCGCGUAAAAAAUGGCAGCACAAAGUGGAAGGUGAAAGAGAUAUCACUGGACGGUGGAGGGCUAAACAAUGCUUCAACUCUCCCGGGCUUACCGAAGGAUGGUGACGGAAAUAAGUCCAAUCGCAACUCUGCAAACCUUUCCGGCACAGAAAUUAGCCCCGCACUGCUGGCUCAAGCAAACUGGACGUUCGUCGAGAAACUACUAAAGGACAUCAAAAGCAAAACCAAACGUAUGCUACUCGAAAAGAUGGGUACGGAAGCAAUCGAGCUUGGUCUCAGUGGAGAAGCAUCGGUCACUGGCGUAGAGGAGAACACUAUGAUCGCUUCCCUGUGCGAUCUGCUGGAAAAGGUGUGGUCACAUGGAUUAAUAAACAAGCAGAGUAAAUCGGCCCUUUGGACGCACCUAGCUGCCUAUUUGGAGAUAAAGGAUUGUCAAAAUCCAGGCACGCAUCAGAUGGAGAACAGCUAUUUAACACCAGUGAAAGCACGUAGCAAUUCUGAAACGCGAUGUCACACACUAAAGCCUCCGAAAAUUGGUGGUACAGCGAGCUUUAAGUACCAUACUACUAUUGCGCACAAAAUUCGCCGGCUGCAAGGUAGCAGCACCAGCCAACUAACCGCGAGUAGCGGAUCGGUAUACUCAGCCUCGUCGCCGGAAACGGUACCAGCGUCACCGGGUCGCUUUACUAACUUUAUGUUGUCCGAUGUCGUUGCUUCUUUUGUUGGUAUGCGUAAUGGGUCGGUAGCUAGCCUGUUUUCCAUGCGCAGCCAUUGCGAUCUGUCCUCGUUGGCCAUAGAACCUCAACUACCACCGCCGUCACCGACACGUGGACGUUCCAAAUCGCGAGAGCGCAAAAGCUUAGGCCCAGAACAACUACGAUCACUUCCGGAGUCGUUGGAAUUUGAUAUACGAAACAUUUUGGCGAUGACAGACAUUAAAACUCACAUCGGAUACGCUCGGGCGUGGGUACGGUUGGCCCUGGAGAAGAAAGUUCUCUCUCGCCAUUUGCGAACGCUCCUGUCGGAUGCUGUUCUGUUGCGCCAACUUUACAAACGGUCCGCAUUUGUGCGGUGUGACGAUGAGGUGGAACAAUUCCUGUACCAUUUGCUCACACUGAACGCUGUGGACUAUUUUUGCUUCACCAACACGUACCCGACAACUAAGCUACCGUAUCGGGUUGUGAUUUUCCCGUCUAAGAAAUCUAGCGCUGCGACAACCUCGGCGAACGUGUGGAUAGCGAUAUCCGGCAGCCUUGGCGAAACGCAGACAAUCAAUGUUCCGCGGCAUUCGUUGGAAUUUGUGUUUCAUCACAAAACACUCGGUAUAUUGACAUCUCUUCGAAUCGGUCAUGAUGAUACUGGAAUGUCUUCAAAAUGGCUGGUAGAACACGUUGUAAUAAGGAAUGAAGUUAGCGGACAUACUUAUAAAUUCCCUUGCGGUCGAUGGCUUGGUCGAGGUAUCGAUGACGGUUCCAUAGAGAGGCUACUGAUCGGGCAGCUUGUACCUCGAACCGUGGACAGCGAAGAGCUGGUGGAAGCCUGCAGAACACCACCGCGUACCCGUAGUCCGAGCAUACAACGGCCAGAGGUACGUCCAUCGGACAUUCAGCACAUGCUGGGUGAUUGUGUGAACGCCAUCGUCAAAUGGCACUACCGACCGAGCCGGGAUCGGGACGCUAGCUCACUAGCGAAUCUGUUGUGCGGUGAGAAUGGGCUGGUGAAGUGUCUAGAACAGGCGUUCCUGUGUGGCUUCCGCUCGUCUCGCCUGUUCGGGCGCAACUUUUACCUUUGGGACUACUUUGUUCGGGUGAAGGAACAGUUCGAGAUUUGUUUGGUAGAGGAAUCGGUGGAAACGGUACGCGGUGGUGCAUCGAACUCGCCUCCAACCAGCGGGUCCAGCCCGGAAUCACCGCCACAAGGAACGAGUAUCGGUGGUAGUCAUCCUCUCGGCGUGACAGGACAAGGUGGUGGUGUUGCCGGUGUUAGCAGUAUGGCACUCUCACCGGUAGCUCGUCAGGAACUGUCGGCCGUGUGGCACUGCUAUUGCCAUCUAAUGGAUGAAAUCAAUAACGUCAAGCAAACGCUAGGCAAGGAUGGGCGGUUCCAACUGUUUAUCUGUUUAAGUUUGAGGGAGCAUCUGCUACACCGAAUGUUAGUACCUAUGGCGUACACGCGCGUAACGGCCGAGAUGUACGAAGAGCAAAGUUUCAUGCGCAAGAAAGGCCUGUUGACAUUCCUGCGGCAGAUAUUGGAACCUUUGGACGAAUUUCACAUAGUGCUGGAAAACUCCAUUACUCAAGGUAUAGGAUCGCACUGUUAG